AUGGCUGCCCCCGCUCAGAAGUUCAAGGUCGCUGACCUGUCCCUCGCCGCCUUUGGCCGCAAGGAGAUCGAGCUCGCCGAGAACGAAAUGCCCGGUCUCAUGGCUACCCGUCAGAAGUAUGCCCAAGACCAGCCCCUCAAGGGUGCCCGUAUUGCUGGUUGCCUGCACAUGACCAUCCAGACCGCUGUCCUCAUCGAGACCUUGACUGCUCUUGGUGCCGAAGUCACCUGGACCAGCUGCAAUAUCUUCAGCACCCAGGACCACGCCGCCGCUGCCAUUGCCGCCGCUGGUGUUCCCGUUUUCGCCUGGAAGGGUGAGACCGAGGAGGAGUACAACUGGUGUCUCGAGCAGCAGCUCCUUGCCUUCAAGGAUGGUGCCAAGCUCAACCUGAUCCUCGACGAUGGCGGUGAUCUGACCAGCCUUGUUCACACCAAGUACCCUGAGAUGCUCAAGGACUGCUAUGGUGUCUCUGAGGAGACCACCACUGGUGUUCACCACCUGUACCGCAUGCUCAAGGACGGCAAGCUGCUUGUCCCCUCCAUCAACGUCAACGACAGCGUCACCAAGUCCAAGUUCGACAACUUGUACGGUUGCCGUGAGUCCCUCGUUGACGGUAUCAAGCGUGCUACCGAUGUCAUGAUUGCUGGCAAGGUUGCUGUUGUUGCUGGUUUCGGUGAUGUUGGUAAGGGCUGUGCCAUGGCACUCCACGGCAUGGGCGCUCGCGUCCUUGUUACUGAGAUUGAUCCCAUCAACGCCCUGCAGGCUGCCAUGGCUGGCUACCAGGUCACCACCAUGGAGAAGGCUGCCAAGAUUGGUCAGAUCUUCGUCACCACCACUGGUUGCCGUGACAUCCUGACUGGUGUGCACUUCGAGGCCAUGCCCAACGAUGCCAUUGUUUGCAACAUUGGUCACUUCGAUAUUGAGAUUGACGUUGCCUGGUUGAAGGCCAACGCUCAGUCUGUCCAGAACAUCAAGCCCCAGGUUGACCGCUUCUUGAUGAAGAAUGGCCGCCACAUCAUCUUGCUGGCUGAGGGUCGUCUGGUCAACCUUGGCUGUGCCACUGGCCACUCCUCUUUCGUCAUGUCCUGCUCCUUCACCAACCAGGUCCUUGCUCAGAUCAUGUUGUACAAGGCCAGCGACGAGGCUUUCGGCAAGAAGUACGUUGAGUUCGCCAAGACUGGCAAGCUCGACGUCGGUGUCUAUGUCCUGCCCAAGAUCCUCGAUGAGGAAGUCGCCCGUCUUCACCUCGACCAUGUCCAGGCUGAGCUCAGCACCCUCAGCAAGGUUCAGGCUGAAUACCUUGGCCUCACCACCGAGGGUCCUUACAAGGCUGACAUCUACCGCUACUAA